AUGAGUCGACUCUAUGGCUCGCAUACAGCUGAUCAAAACUCAACGACUUCAAGAUUUGCCUUGGUUGUGUUCUUAGCAGUCAACUGUAUAGUCAUGCAAAUCAACGGUUUAUUUCACAAUUGGCCCAACUUUAUUCGGAUUUGUCACUCAUUAAUGGUUGAGCCAAUCGUAUUUCAACUGUUGACGAGGAUAACAAUGAGGUACAUCAACAAUGAUGAGCAACUUGUGUCAGACAUUCAUGACACGAUUGACAAGUUCUACAAAAAUGAAGAAAAGGAACUUGAUAAUCAGAUAAUUUUAUCAGCUGGAGUAAAAUUGAUUGAGAUUCUAUCAAAAUCGUACAUGCUGCUGAACUUUAUCUGCUUCAUGAUUCCACCGCUUUCAGCCUUAAUUAUAUCCUGGAUUUCUGGUGAAUUUAUCAUGUCACUUCCAUUUUGGUUGCCUUUUACUGACCCAACUACAACUUUUGGUUUCACAAUCAACAUGAGCUUGGUGACGUUCUAUUCGGUCAUGUUCUAUGAUAUUUUGAUAUCCCAAGAUCUGUUCUUCAUCAACUACACCAUGCAGGUCAUACCCAUCGGCGACAUAUUCAUCCAUAAAAUGACAAAAUUAGGAGAAAAAUUGUCAAAAAUUCGAGAAAAUCAAAAGCUUUUGGCAACUACACAAAAGUAUACUUUUGACAAUCUACAGAUGAUGCGCAGGAACCUUAAUAUCCAGGAACAUUCAAUUAAACAGCUUGAGAAACAAAUCAUCAGCUUAAUCAAGUCUUACAACAGCUAUAACGACUACAUUUCAUUAAUAUUCCCAUACAUGCACUAUACAACAUUUGUGGCUAUAUCUACCAGUGCUCUCGGAAUUGGACUGUCCAUUUUAGUCGCGACUUUCCUGUCCGCUUCAAUUGGAAUUUCAAUUAUGCUGAUUUUUACAUUACAAGUCCUUAUGACAUGCUUUCAAGGAACUAUAAUUUCUUAUCAGAACCAGAAGAUUCUUGAUUCAGCUUGGGACUUUCCGUGGUACAAGAUGUCAGUUCCAAUGCAGAAAGUGUGGCUUCAGUUUAUUCAUCAAUGUCAAAACUCGAAUGAGUUGAAGAUAAUUAUAAUUGGCUUAUUGAGCAUGAAGUCCUUUACUAAUGUUAUAAAUGGAGCGUAUUCGUAUUUUAUGUUCAUUUUGAAUUUUUUGAAGCACUAG